CCGUGAACGCCUGUGUUUGACUUCCGGUUUCCUGUCAUCGUAAAUGACGGACUGUACAACCACCUGACUGCAGUUUGAAGAACAGAAGUCCUGAUUGACACAUUUCUUAAUCGCGAGCAUGUCUGUAUUGAAGCUAUGCUCUCCACGGACCGUGCUCUCAUGGUGUAUUUGCCCCACGCUCACCCGGACAGGUCCCCCGGCCCUGUUGGGACAGACUUCACUGCUCCACACUCACAGUCCUCAGCUCAACUCCAACAGAACGUCAGUAGUGCGAUGUGGUCGGCACAGAUACGAGCGACUGUACCCCGUGGUGCUGGUGCGGCCCGAUGGCUCUACAGUCAACAUCAGAUAUAAAGAACCCAGACGCAUCCUCACGAUGCCUAUCAAUCUGGCUACUCUGUCUGAAGAAGAACGUCGAGCACGACAAAAGAAGAAAGCGAUGAAGCAGACACAAACAGUGACAGUAGACCACUAUGAAGACGACUUCAAAGCUGAUCAAUACAGCCACUUCUGGAAGAAGAAAUGAUGUCUUUAUAUGUGCAUGUAAAUAUGGGAGUCUUACUCACUCUCAGGUUUCCCUUUAUAAACAGUCUGUUUAAAUUGGAUCGUGUUUAUGCCAAAAAAAAGUGAUUCCUUCUUCAAUCAUAGGACACUGAGACUCAGACUAAUGACAUUAAAGUGGCAGAAUGACUGCUGCUUACAUGAACUCUUACUUUGGGGUUACUUUCCUUGAAGUGCAAAUAAUGAUGUAAUGCUGGAAACCAUUGUAAAAUGAAUGAAUAGAUGUGUAUACCCGUGGUUACUUUUCAUUAAACAUAAAAUUGUCUGAAGAUUUCUAAA